AUGGGAAGAUACAACCUGUUCCCUUUGAGUUAUAUUUCAAGAAAAACAGAUAUUAGCAACAUAUACUGGUGCAUCUAUGUUUUGGACUAUCUUGUCAGAACAAAGAACUCAUACAUACCAUACUCAGAUACCAGCUACUUUGUUAGACCUUCAGCUUUCUUGGUGUUGUUCUAUGCUGAUAAAAUCCGCUUGGAAGAUUUAACGGUAACAUGUAAACGUCCAACAAUUUGUUAUUGGAGUUCAGGGAAGAUUAGAUAUCGAGAGACAUUUGAACAAGAAAAAGGUAGAUAUGGACUUGGAGAAUUAAAUGAAGAAUUUGUUAAUGAACAAGAUGAAGGAGAUACAAAUCUCGAAGACAAUGAUUCUGAUAAAGAUGAAGAUGAUUUUGUUGAGGCAUAUGAAUCAAAAUUAUCUAAAAUGCGUAAUAGUUUUGAGAGGAUGAAGGAAAAGCUGAAUUCAAAACUCAAUGAUGCAAUAACAAAGUUCCCUGAAAAGGAAAGUUUUAGGAUUUUCAAAGAAAAUAUGACAAAUAUAAUUGUUGAAGAAAAAACUGAAAGCACAACACUUUUUGAAUUUCCAAGUAAUGAAACUGGAGUUGAAGGUAUUAAUUGA